UCAGAUUCCUCUCUGGGUCUUCAUGACGGUCUGGUGCGGUUGUCUGGAGAGAGACAGUGUGAGGGGGAGGUGGAAGUUUUCAUCCAUCAGGUCUGGAGGAGAGUUCUGCUGGACUCCUGGAGUCUCACUGAAUCCUCUGUGGUCUGCAGACAGCUGGGCUGUGGCUCUGUGCUGAACUUCUCCAGCUCCUCUUCAUCCAGUCCUGAACACAGUCAUGAGUGUGUGACGGGCUUCCAGUGCUCUGGGAGUGAAGCUCAUCUGGGGAACUGCAGCUCUCCACAAACUCUCAACUGCAGCUCCACACAACAGCUGUCAAUCACCUGCAUCGGUUGGGGGUCCAUCAGGCUGGUGGGUUCUGGGGGAGACUGUGCAGGGAGGCUGGAGGUUUUUCACAGCGGCUCAUGGGGAACAGUGUGUGAUGACUCCUGGGAUAUUAAAGAUGCUCAUGUGGUGUGCAGACAGCUGCAGUGUGGAGUAGCCCUCAGUAAUCAGCAGGUACCAGCCUGGUUUGGUCCUGGUUCUGGACACAUAUGGCUGGAUGAGGUGGAGUGUGAGGGGAAUGAGACGUCCCUGUGGAGCUGCUCUUCUCCAGGCUGGGGAAAACAUGACUGUCAACACAAAGAGGAUGUAGGAGUCGUGUGCUCAGUGUUUAAAGAGAUCAGGUUAACUGAGGGCUGUGAAGGGAAUCUGGAGGUUUUCUACAAUGGAUCCUGGGGUAAUGUGUGCUGGAACCAGAUGGACGGAGACACAGCGAGUCUGAUCUGUCAAGAGCUGAACUGUGGAAGAUCUGGUGUUUUGUCUGAUUCUACAGCAAGAGUGAAAUCAGCUCCUAACUGGCUGGAUAAAGUUACAUGUCGACCAUAUGAUUUAACUUUAUGGCAGUGUCCAUCUUCACCCUGGGGACAGAAUUACUGUGGGAAAGAUGAAGUGGCCAAAAUCACCUGUUCAGAGGAGGAAACUAGUGAUUCGCCUCAGAGUCGUCUGACAUGUUUUACCUCACCAUCUCCUUACCAGAGACAGUGUGCAAAUCAUCUUCCUCUCAGACUGCGUGGAGGGGACGGCCGGUGCUCUGGGAGGCUGGAGGUGUAUCAUAACGCUGUGUGGGGCUCAGUCUGUGAUGAUCACUGGGACAUCAGCGAUGCUCAGGUGGUCUGCAGGCAGCUGGGUUGUGGAGCAGCACUGAGGGCUGAUGGGUAUUCAGUCUUUGGUGCUGGUGAAGGUGUUGUUUGGAUGAACAAAGUCGAGUGCAGAGGGAAUGAGAUUCACCUGUGGGACUGUGAUCUCUCCCUGAAUAACCGCACUGACUGCUUCCGCAAAGAGCACGCUGGACUCACCUGUGCAGACUUGUCAGAUGUGUCAGUGUCCACUACUCCUGCCACAACAUCAUCAGCUUCUCCUCCAGUUUCUCCUUCAGUGCGCUCAACAUCAGUCUCUCCUCCACAAACUCCUCCACCAGUGUCUUCUUCCCCAGUGCUUGUGAUUGUUCUGGGAGUUGUGCUCUUACUGCUCUUAGUGCCACUGCUUAUACUGAUUCAGCAGAACAGAGUGAUGAGGAGAGCUCUCUCUAAGAGGAGACACAGGAUGAAGACUGAGGCCGUUUAUGAGGAGAUUCAGCACAGACACAAUCACUUCACUCAGAGGGGUGAGACAUGA